GGUAAAAAAAUCCGAAACGAGGAAAAUCGAUCUGGGGGGGAAGAAUACGGGGCCCGAGGAUAUCCGGAUCCGUCCAAGACGCUGUCGGCCGCCGAUGGAAACUACAGAACCAACCCCGAUUCCUUCCUCCCUCCCUCCUUACGAGGAUUCUCUCUUCCCCAAAAAAUUCAAACAUUUUCCCGUUCCCUUAUCUCGACGCCCUCCUGCUGAAAUUCUCCUCCUCCUGCGGCGUUCCCAAUCCCGGGUCAUCAUUGCUGCUGCUGCAGCUGGUGCUGCUGUUGCUGCUGUUGCUGUUGCUUUUGCUGUUGUUGUUGUUGUGUUUUACCGUCUGCAAUAUAAUAAGGCUCCCCACCACCACGCCCCCACGCCCCUGCACGCGCAAUCACUUCUUUUGGAUCCCCACUUUCUCUCUGCUUUUCCCUCCCUCCCUCCCUCCUUGCCCUGUCUGCCUUCCCUCCGUCGCUAAUUUUGCUCCCGUCUCGUCUUGUGGGAGUCUUGUGGAGGUUGCGCUUUUUUUCCUUUUUUUUUUUGCCGGAGAUGUUGUGUAACAUGGUGACGGUGACCCGGAAGAAGAGGAACGGGUCCUUCCUGGUUUACUUGAACGUGUACGAUUUGACCCCGAUCAACGGGUACGCCUAUUGGCUCGGGCUCGGGGUGUAUCACUCCGGCGUGCAAGUACACAAUGUUGAAUAUGGUUUUGGAGCACAUGAACAUGCAACAACGGGAAUAUUUGAAGUUGAACCAAAGCACUGUCCUGGUUUCACCUUCAGAAAAUCAAUUUUGAUUGGAAAGACAGACUUAGGCCCCAAAGAAGUCCGCUCGUUUAUGGAGAAACUAGCUGAAGCGUACUCUGGAAACACAUACCAUCUUAUUACAAAAAAUUGCAAUCACUUCUGCAACGACGUGUGCAAUAGAUUGACAGGGAAACCGAUCCCUCGUUGGGUCAAUCGACUGGCUCGACUUGGUUUCUUCUGCAAUUGCGUGCUUCCUGCUGGAUUAAACGAGACAAAGGUUCGGCAAAUCAGAUCAGAGGACCAAGUGAUCCUUGAAGGAGAGAAGAAGAAACUGAGAAGCCAAUCGAGCAGGUUCCCCUCUUCCAGUCGUUCAGCUGAUACGCCAUCAUCUCGCCAUCUGCGUUCUGCUAGCAAAAACAGUAGGCCGAGACACUGUCUUCCUCCAAGUUCUUCUUUGAUCCAUUCUACUUCUUCACCUGCAACUCUAGCAGUAAAGCUUCAAUAAGAGAGAAGCACUCUUAAUCUAGGGCCUUAGAAUCAUCACCGCAGAAGGGAAAAGGGAAGAUUGCAAAAAAAUUUCUGAUGAAGUUCUUCCCCGUCUCCCUUUAUCCUGGUGAACCUGCUGAUUUGUGCUUUAGGGUUGUGGAUGAGCUAAGGCAUAUUUUCCCAUGUAAAAUGUUUUCCUUUUAUCAGCUUAUUUGAUUGACAAGUGAUCGAAUGUUUCAUAGUGAGGAAUGAUGUUCUUCCUUUUCCUUUUCCUGUACAUUAAUCAUUAUGCAAAAAACUUUGCUCCUA